CAGAAUAGUAGUGGGGGAGUGCGAACUGAGGGUAGUGAGGUAGGAGAGAGGAUGGUAAAUUAAAAACGCGAUCAUCGAUGAAUUAAGUGUGUGUGAGAUGGAGCAGCAAAACCAUUUCAAGCAGCUGUUGCUGCAGCUCAACCAGCAGCGAGCCAAAGGGUACCUGUGUGAUGUCAUCAUCGUGGUGGAGAAUGCGCUGUUCCGCGCCCAUAAGAACGUCCUGGCGGCCAGCAGCGUCUACUUCAAGUCGCUGGUCCCCCACGAUAACCUGAUCAACCUGGACACGGAGAUGGUCAGCCCCUCCGUCUUCAGACAGGUAUUGGACUUCAUCUAUACAGGUCGUCUGUCCAGUUCUGACUCUGUCAGUGACCACAGUGUCUCGUCCCUCCUGACCGCCGCCUCCUACCUCCAGCUGACCGAACUAGCUGCUCUCUGUCGGAGGAAGCUCAAACACAACGGACAGACCCCCUCCAGCUCCAACAAGUUGACCACCUCCUCCACCUCCCCAACCCCCAAUGGACACACCCCUGGCCCCCUCCGCCUCUCCUCCACCCCCCCCAGAGCAACCCCCAGCCACCAUAACAACCAUUCAGGGUCCAGGAAGGGCAACCUGAGGAGCCAGAGAUGGGGCCAGGAGGGGAGGCUGAGAGAGGAUCUCUCUGAGGAGGAGGUGUUUAUUUCGGGCUCGCGGUGUGCUUCCCUCAGCCCCUCUGGAGGAAGUCGAGUUAAUGGGCUGGCUCUAGGACUGGACCUGUCCAAGAGGAGUCCAUCAGGAAGCACCGCCACAGAGGAAGUGUCCCCCAGCAGUCUCCCCCAAAGCUCCUCCCCCCACUCCUCAUCUGUUUCUCCCACUCCUCCCACCAAGGCAGAGCCUAGGGAGAACCAGAGGCAGCUUCCAAAUACCUCCACAGACCUCUUGCCUAGAGCCCCUUGCAAGAGACCCCGACCCCACAGAGAGGCCACCAACCUGGGAGAGACAGGCAAGGCACUGCACAAGGGCCUAGUGAAGAAACCAGGGGCCCCAGGGCACAAAAAGCUGGUCAGAGGGGAUAGAGUGACCCCAGAGCUGGAGGAUGGGGAGGUGGAUGGAGAGGAGAAUGGCCAGGACCAGAGUGAAGAGAGUGGGCACAGUGGGAGUGAGGGAGGAGGAGGAGGAGGAGCUGGAGGUAAGAGAAAUGGGAACACCAACUAUAUCUACCGUCAGCCCCAGCCAGGGUUUGAGCCAGGCGUGGGGGACAAUCUGUACGUCUGCAUCCCCUGUGGGAAAGGCUUCCCCAGCUCCGAGCAGCUUAACGCCCACGUCGACACACACACCCAGGAUGAAAUCUACCUCGAAGAAGAGGAGGAAGAGGAGGAGGGUGGUGGAUACCGGAAGGACGAAGACCCCGACAUCUAUGCAUCACGGGGGGUGGAGCCUGGCGCUGACGAACCUCGGCAUCGUUGCACAGUCUGCAGUAAGACCUGCAAGGACGCGGUGUCGCUAAGGGAACACGAGAAGAGCCAUUGGCUGAACCGGCCGUUCCCCUGUAACAUCUGUGGCAAGUUGUUCACCCAGCGAGGCACCAUGACCCGCCACAUGAGGAGCCACCUGGGCCUCAAGCCCUUCGCCUGCGAGGAGUGCGGCAUGCGCUUCACACGCCAGUACCGCCUCGCCGAGCACAUGCGGGUCCACUCGGGGGAGAAGCCCUACGAGUGCCAGCUGUGUGGCGGAAAGUUCACCCAGCAACGCAACCUCCUCAGCCAUCUAAAGAUGCACACCUCGCCCUCAUAGAGGACACUUCACCAUGGUUACUGCAGCUGGAACACAGCUAUCUGGGCUCUAUUAGUCUGUCUGCCUCAUCUUCAGAUGCUAUCUGGGCUCUAUUAGUCUGUCUGCCUCAUCUUCAGAUGCUAUCUGGUGUUGCUGUUACCCAUAGUACCUCCUCACCCUUGUAAACACACCUGGGUUCUACCUCAACUUUAGAAACUCACCUUGAAAUGAAUGACCCCACCUUUAUAACCACUCCUCCUGAGUAACUCUGCUCCUUUACUUUAUCUCAACCUCUUAACAACCUUCACCCAUACCUCAAAUCAACCAUCACCCAUACCUCAACCUCAGAACAACCAUCACCCAUACCUCAACCUCUUAACAACCUUCACCCAUACCUCAAAUCAACCAUCACCCAUACCUCAACCUCAUAACAACCUUCACCCAUACCUCAAAUCAACCAUCACCCAUACCUCAACCUCAUAACAACCUUCACCCAUACCUCAACCUCAUAACCUUCACCCAUACCUCAACCUCAUAACCAUCACUCAUACCUCAACCUCAUAACAACCAUCACCCAUACCUCAACCUCAUAACAACCUUCACCCAUACCUCAACCUCAUAACAACCUUCACCCAUACCUCAACCUCAUAACCUUCACCCAUACCUCAACCUCAUAACCAUCACUCAUACCUCAACCUCAUAACAACCAUCACCCAUACCUCAACCUCAUAACAACCAUCACCCAUACCUCAACCUCAUAUCAACCAUCACCCGUACCUCAACAACUGAACAACCAUCACCCAUAGCCUCACCCAUGACAACUGUUCCUCUGACUUGCCUCAACCCCAUCUUACUAAUACCAACCAUUACGUCAUUGUCAGAACCCCAUCUUACUAAUACCAACCAUUACAUCACCCUCAGAACCCCAUCUUACUAAUACCAACCAUUACAUCACCCUCAGAACCCCAUCUUACUAAUACCAACCAUUACAUCACCCUCAGAACCCCAUCUUACUAAUACCAACCAUUACUUCACCCUCAGAACCCCAUCUUACUAAUACCAACCAUUACAUCACCCUCAGAACCCCAUCUUACUAAUACCAACCAUUACAUCACCCUCAGAACCCCAUCUUACUAAUACCAACCAUUACUUCACCCUCAGAACCCCAUCUUACUAAUACCAACCAUUACAUCACCCUCAGAACCCCAUUUUACUAAUGCCAACCAUUACGUCACCCUCAGAACCCCAUUUUACUAAUACCAACCAUUACAUCACCCUCAGAAUCCCAUCAUAAAAUCCACAUAGCCAGCCAGCCAGCCAGAUGUACUGGCCAUCUCAGGGUUAACACACCACACCUCGCCAUCUGCCAAAGACUCCUUCCCAUCCCAGGUGGCUCAAAUGUGUUUUGAUGAUAGCUUUUAGCAUCCAACCAAACUAGUCCUCAGUUCUGUGCCUCCAGGCUGCUGUAGCUGUCUCUCGCUGGUCAAUGUGUGACCUCAAUGCCUCUACUACCUCAUUAUAAGACACAUACUGGACCCCAGGCAUGACUGGCUAACAGUCAGUAGUAAUACUUUGUUCUCCAGCUAGAUGGAACAGGUUAGUCAGCCUACCCUCUGUGUAUAUAAUAAUACAUGUUCACCUCCACAUACACAGCCUGUUUGAAACUUGCCGUUAUUAGAAAUUGAUCAGGGGUAUUCUUAACGCAAUGAUGUUUACUUUACUGUUGGUUUACAGGUCAGGGUUUGUAUUUUAUGUGAAGUCUUGAAAAAGACAAACUUGGGGGGGUUAAAUGUUUUGAGAACUUAUUGCUACGCUUUUGUGAAUGUUUAAACUGGGUAUUUCUACUUUAGGCCUGGGAGGGGUGGGGAUAUUUUCUGUGAGGCAUCAUACUCUGGUGGUACUGUUGUGUUUUGUGUGUAGUGUUUUUUUUCUUUAAAGGGCUGGUCUACUGAGACAGGUGGCCAGUAUCCCUGUAUUAAGUUUGCUUUUGGUUUUCAACAAGUUCCUCCUAUCUCUUAAAGAGAUUCUCCGGUACUUUUGUAUACUUUUUUAGCUAGUAGUUCUAAAAGUCAUGCUCACCAGCCAAAAGUGGUCGCUGAAAAAUGCUUACUACGUCACUGUAUGUGCAGAUAUGCUCCCCACGUCAUUGCUCUCUUGCUCUGCUGUGUGUGCAUCUUGCUAGCUGUCACUCAAAUGGCGAGGGACUGAAGCUCAUUGGCUAGAACUCGAAUUGCAAGCGGGCUGGCCCACAUGGGAGAAAAUGUAGGGAAAAUGGCAAAGCACAGUUUCCAGAAAAACAGUUGCGUUUCAAACUAGGGUUUUCGUGGCAAAUUGAGGUAAAAUAGUAUUUCUGCUCAUAGAUUACGCAUGCAUGAACUACAUAUUGACACAUCCAGCCCAAAGCUGGAGAUUUAAAAAACACUUAGCCAAAGUUCCAGAGCAUGUCUUUAAUGCUGUGAGGAGAGCAUAGAUUUCUGGACCGUGUAUUACUAGUGUAUAAGAGCUGAAAGAGCUGAAACUGCUACGAGAUUGUAUGUUGAAAUCCAAAGAGAACGAAUACAAAACCAACAAACUUAACAACCAAAGUGUUUCAGUGUCAACGUGAAGUUGUACCCAUGUUAUUAUGUCUACGGUAUAGUCCACUCCUAGUUCCACACAGACAGCCAUGUGGUUGGAAUUACCAAUGUUGAUUUUGGACCAACCUCCACUUCAUGGUCUUACAUUAUCUUUACUCUGUCCUCAGGAGGACUACAUUUACAUGUCAUUUCAGACCAAAAAUCCAAGACUGUUGUAAUGACUCUGUUUUGGACUAGUAUUUAAAUCCUCUUUCCUCCCAUGUUUAUCGCUCAAUUGUUGAAUGAAAGUCAUUUUUACACCAGAAACAUGUAUAUUACUCCUCAACUCAGGAACCGUCGCUGUCAGCGUCUGGCAUCUAUACAGUCCAUAUCAACACUCUCUGGUUGUUUUGGUCGAGGCAUUUAAGAAUGUAUGUAAUAUGUCGACAAGUGAAAUGAAAGAGAGCCGAGAGAAACACGUUUGAGCCGUGACAGGGAUACUUCUGACUCAUAUCUUCAGGGAGUGUUUGUUGUGUUGUCAAACAGUCUGCACUGUCAAAUGUCUGUGCGGAAAGCAUAAACACUAGCUUCCUACACAAGAGAUUUUUUUUUUUACAGGGAGAGGGGUGGUGAUUAUCUUCUUUCAAAUAACCGCGUGAUGAAAUAUCAAUUUGACUAUUUUAGCUCUUGAAUGUUAUAUCAGCAUGCAUUUGGUCAACAAAACCUUUAUCUAGUAAGAUUGUUCUAUUUGUCUGUUGCUGUCCCUCUGUUUAGGAAGUUGUUGCAGAAACUUAGUGUUGAUGUCUAUUGAUUAUUCACGAAUGUAUUUAUUAGUUGGAUCCUGUUUUAAGCCUCUUUAUGAUAACUCAGUGGAUGAUAGUCAUGGGCUUUGCUACUUACGUUCCUGCUCACCCAGAAAAAAAUAUGUUAAGUAGCUGCACCGUCAGCGUCUCUGCUGCUGAACGCGAGCGGAUUGACUAGCAAGGAAACGAGCGGUGUUGCGCUAGCUUAGUUCAUUCAAUUCAUCAGUUCUUGAUCUGUCCUCGGCUGCUAAUGAUGUGAUAAUAGCCUCCUAGUCAGUUCACCAAUGACGACAAGGCAUAUUGAAUGAAUGGUAGACCUGAACUGAGAAGGAAGAUUGAUUAAUUAAGUCAAGGAUGGAGAUCUGAAACAAGCUUGUAUAGGAUAGGGGCGGCAGCUGGCCUAGUGGUUCGAGUUUUGAGCCGGUAACCGAAAGGUUGCUGGAUCGAAUCCCCGAGCCGACGAGGUAAAAAUCAGUCAUUCUGCCCUUGAACAAGGCAGUUAACCCACAGUUAACCCACCUGAACAAGACCGUUAACCCACUGUUCAUUGUAAAUAAGAACUUGUUCUUAACUGACUUGCCUUGUUAAAUUAAGGUUACAUUUAAAAAUAUAUAGGCCUUGUUCAGGUGUUCCAUGAUUAUUCCAUUUACAGUAGACUAGGUCUACUACAUUGCAUCUAGUAAUUGAACUAGGCCUAUUCAGAAUUUGAUGCCCCCCCCCCCCAAAAAAAAAACCUUGGACACCAACUUACAUUUUCACUAUACUAUCCAUAUAAUGACAGCUGAUAGAAUAAUCAUUACCCCUAAAUUGAACCUAUUAGAAAUGUUACAAAGUAAUUGAGAACCACUCAAAAUUCAGUCAGGAUCAACUACUGCGUUGGCUACAUUGUAUUGAUAUAAUUUAAUUCUCUUAAGUUUCAGAAAAUUGCAGUUUUUCAAAAAAGCUAAACGCUCCAACUUUCAGAUGGGGUCACCUCCCCCUUACCUGACCUUAGGCCUACAUUAACACCUCCUUGUCAGAAAAUUCUAGGGAGAUCCCUGGUUUGUAAAUUAAACUUCUUAGCCAAAACCAAGCACCGAUGAGUCUAUAGCCUACCAUUCGUACCGAGGCAGUCUUCUGCCAACGUCAUAAUCAGGCAACAAAACAAAAGGUACAUUUGUCUCGGAUCUGAGCGUGGUGUCGCACACGAGCCGUCGUGGGGUCCAGGGGCAUCGCUGUCUCGCUGAAGUGGAACUCGUAAAGAUUCUCCAAGGUCGGCAGGUCUGGGCUAAGUUAACCCCAAACAACUUGAUGACUACAUUGUGAGAGUGCCAUAGUAUGAUAUCUUUGGUGAAAUGUCCCUUUUUAAAACAUGAAAUAGCCAUAAACCACGUCAAGCUCCGAGCCCAAGACACUGGAGACGGGGGGAAUUUAAUGUACUGCUCCUGAGGCGUUUGAUGUGUUUUAUACCACUUUUAUCCCAAAGUAAGAAGAAUACAAAGAUGACAUGUUAUUACUGUGCUGCAUUGUUUCCUGUGCUGCAUUGUUUCCUGUGCUGCAUUGUUUCCUGUGCUGCAUUGUUUCCUGUGCUGCAUUGUUUCCUGUGCUGCAUUGUUUCCUGUGCUGCAUUGUUUUGUUUUUUUUGUUUUGUUUUUUGAGAAUGUGAUCUGUGUUUUAUUGUCAUGUCAUCUGUUUUAUAUGCUAGUUUAUCCAUUGGAAUGGGAACCCCAACUCGUGGUAGACACUAUGUAUUGUAUCCUACAGAAAGCAUUGUUUUUUUUCCCAAAGCAACUUCUGUUGAAGGCUGGUAUUGUUACUAGUACAGAGAUGCUUCUUGUUUAAUCUCUACCAGAAAACCAAAGGUGUCUAUGGCAGCUUUAAUAUGUACGUAGUAGUCACACAUGCCACUACAAAUCCAAACCAAGCCACGAAUGAAUCCACCCAAAAGCAAUGUAAUUCCUAAGACUACUGGGCUAAAACCAUGUCAAAGCUGCAUCUAUGUAUUCAUUUACUUAUGUCUGUUUUUGUAGAACAAGUUUCUCUGUUCUACAAAAUAUUUGCUCAAUUAUAUUUUCUGUCUUAAUUGAACAUGCUUGCAGACAACUCCAAAGUUGUUUUAAUUCCUCAGUUUGUGUUCAGGAGUUUCUUUAUCCGUGUGGCUCACACACUGCACCGUCACAUGAUUCAGAAUCCACUGGUCAACCUCUUAAUGUACAGAUAUGGGAAUGUAAUCUAAUAACAAUAUUUUAAUUAAACUUGAUUAGAAAGAA